UCGGAAAAAUCGCCAAUCAUUUGAUUCUCGCCGUAAGAACAUUUAAUAGUUUUUUUAAAACUUUAAAGAUGUUCAAGUUUAUCUUGUACCUCGCUCUUUUUUUUACCGUACUCGGUGUCAUGACUGAAGGUAGGGAAAUUAAUCGUCGCGACACCGAUAAUAUGGUUGCAGUUAAUGAUGUUUUGGAUAAAGAAGAAGAAGUAAAUGUCAUGGAUAAUAUAACAUCGUCAGGUCAAGAGGCAUCUCAAUCGAUUGCAGGUGCAGACCUGAAAUCUAUUGCAAACGUCAAAGGAAAAGUUACGAAAAUUGCAAAGUCUAUUCAAAAACGCUCUCUAGAAUCAGAACAAGAUCCAGAACUUAGUAGCUGUUGCGGUUAAUUUCAGUAAAUUACAUUUUUCCUGAAUAUUUUAGAUUGUUCGUAUUCACUUAAUCAAUUAGUUUUGAAUGUAUAAAUGUCAGUAUAAUCGUGUGCUCUUAUCGUAUGUCAAUAAAUUCAGAACUUAAUGAAAUCUUUUUUCUUGGUUUAUUGACUUAUAUGAUUAGAAUUUUUUUAGAAUAAUCGCGAUUUGGACAUGUCUUCAUGAAGGAAUUCACUUAAUAUAUAUGUAUAAUUAUUCAAAAUUAAAAAUAAAUAUUCUUCUA